AUGGCCACUUCUGGAGAGCCCACCACCACCACCGAAGCUGCUACUACUACCACCAGCCAAGCCGAAUAUGUCUGCCUUAAGGACCCUGCUCCAGUUGGAAAGAGCUGUAACGCCCAGGGUGGUGGCCAAGGUAACCUGCAAAGACUGGGCAACGCGAAUACAUUAACGCUGGCUUCCUGCCACAACUCCUGUCAGGACAGGGCCGGGUGUGUUGCAUUUGCGCUGCAGCCUGGGUCAUGGUGCGCGUUGUGGGGUGGCUCAUUCACGGGUACCAGUGGUGGUGAAUCGGCUUGGUCUUGGUAUGACAUGGACUGCUUCUGUGACGAGUCUUCAACCACCACAAGUGGCUUGGCUACCGAGACGACAGCCACCGAAGCUACAACCAACGAACUUACAACCUCAUCUGUCGAACCCACUUCGACUACAGAGACCGCUCCUGCUACCACCACUACCACUGGUGCCGAGCUCACAUAUAGCUGCCCCGGCGGCUUUCCAGCUGGUUUUUCAUGCGACGUCAAGUUCAACCAUAUUGGCGGAUCAGUGGGACGUAUCGUCGGAGAACUUGCUGGAGAAGACGCCGCGUCACUUGAUAAUUGCGUCAAAGCCUGCGUUGCAAACAAGGAUUGCGAUUUCUUUGCCUUCUGGCCUAACACGUUUUGCGAGCUUUGGGAAGGAAACUACGAACGUAAUGAGAACGCGGCCGUGCAAUGGAGCUGGUACGAGCUGAGCUGCUUUUGUCCACCAGGGAGGGAGACGACAACGACUGAGGUUACAACGAUCGCGGCUACGACCACCGAAGCUACAACCACCGAAGCUCCAACUACUACUGAGGCUACAACCACCGAGGCUACAACUACUACUGAAGCUGCAACAACCACUACCACUGCACCAGGCGAGUCCUGCGUUAACAAUGAGAAGAGUCCCGUUCCGUCCGAUAAGGUCUGCAACAAAGAUGGCUACUGGGAGGGUACCGCCAUGGAGCUCCUGGACAGUCCAAGCGGUGUCAAAACGAUGGAGUCCUGCCGCGCGGCUUGUCAUGAUACCAGCGGGUGCACUUACUUUGCCUUCACUCCUGGUCAAUCUUGCUUUAUAUAUAGCGGCAACAUCCAGAGCGUAACUGAUCAACAGACAGACUACAUUUGGUACGACAUGGACUGCUUCUGCGACUUGGAUGAGCCAGACUACUGA